AUGGCGAAAAUGGCCAAGAUUGCGAAAGUCCGCACCGGACACAAGGACAACGAGCAUGGCGUCCCGACCUACUGGUCCAAGAGCGGAAAGACGCUCCAGCGAUACAUCACGGCCCUGGCCACGACCGACUUCCUGCUUUUCGGUUAUGAUCAGGGUGUGAUGGCUGGUAUCAUCUCGUCGCCUGCCUUCGUUCACGAUUUCCCCGAGGUUGACGGUGACAGCACCUGGCAAGGUUUCGUCACCUCCAUCUAUGCUGUCGGCUGUUUCUUGGGCGCUUGCUUCAUCCUCUCGUUUGGCGACCGCCUCGGUCGACGAUACUCAAUCUUCCUCGGUGCCGCUGUUAUGGUUAUUGGUGUCAUUAUUCAGAUCGCGUCUGUUCCUCCCAAUGCAGGUGCUACAGCGCAGUUCAUUAUAGGACGGCUCAUCACAGGAAUUGGCAACGGCAUCAACACUUCGACAGUCCCCACCUAUCAGGCUGAGUGUUCUGAGUCCCACAACAGAGGCAAGGUCAUCUGUAUCGAGGGUGGAAACGUCGCCGUUGGUACGCUGAUCGCCUACUGGAUUGACUACGGAUGCACGUACGGACCUCACCCCUUCGUCUGGCGCUUCCCCAUCGCCUUCCAGAUUGUCUUCUGUGUUGUCAUUCUCGUCCUGAUGCUGCGACUGCCCGAGUCCCCUCGUUGGCUUCUGUCGCACGGUCGUGAAGAAGAGGCAAACACUGUUUUGGCAGCCCUGGCCGACAAGCAACGUGAGCACGAUGUCGUUCAGACUCAGAUCACCGUCAUCAACGAUGCCAUGAAGGCUUCCGGCCAAAUCGGUGGCCACACUUCGUUCAAGGACCUGCUCACUAACGGCAAGAGCCAGCACUUCCGCCGUCUGCUCCUUGGUGCUGGUUCUCAGAUGAUGCAGCAGCUGUCUGGUUGCAACGCUGUCAUCUACUACUUCCCCAUUCUCUUCCAGACUUCGCUUGGCACCACCGAGAACCUUGCUCUGCUGCUGGGAGGUGUGAACAUGGUUGUCUACGCUAUUUUCGCCAUGACCUCCUGGUACGCCGUCGAACGCAUUGGUCGUCGUCAGUUGUUCUUCAUCGGCACCAUCGGACAGUGCUUGUCCAUGGUCUUGGUCUUUGCCUGCUUGAUCCCCGACACUCCCUCGGCUGCCAAGGGCGCUGGUGUUGGUCUGUUCACCUACAUCGCCUUCUUCGGUGCCACUUGGCUGCCCCUACCUUGGUUGUACCCCGCUGAGAUCAACCCCUUGAAGACCCGUGCGAAGGCCAACGCAGUCUCUACUGUCUCUAACUGGCUGUGGAACUUCUUCAUUGUUAUGAUCACGCCCGUUUUGGUUGACAGCAUUAGCUGGGGUACCUACCUCUUUUUCGCUGCCCUCAACGCCAUCUUCUUCCCCAUCCUGUACUUCUUCUACCCUGAGACGGCCGGCCGAACCCUGGAGGAGAUUGACAUCAUCUUCGCCAAGGGCAACGACGAGAAGAUCAGCUAUGUUACGGCUGCUAAGCUGCUGCCCAAGCUCACUGAGCAGGAGAUCAGAGAUCAGGCUCUCAAGUAUGGCUGCAACUCGUCUGACGAUGAGUCGGGUAGCACUGGCGAGAAAAAUGAGGCAUCCAACGUCGACAACACCAACACCUUGAUGGCGUAA